AUGCGGCGCUUCUCUCUGUCAUCCGACUUGACGAGACUAUGGUCGUGGGCGAGGCUCUCAAAUGUGAAUGGGCGCGGAGAUAAGGUAGGUCAAGUUGAGGAGCCGCAGGAGGAAAGGGGAGAAGAGGAGCAAGGUGUGCCGCGACUGUUGAGCCUUCCCUUUCUGUCGGUGGACGAUACUGCAGCGCGGCCGCUGGAAAUUACCUUUGCGGAUCUGAGUUUCAGAAUCCGAGGCAAACCGACUGACAUUCUAGCUGGUCUGCAUGGAUCAUGCAAAGCUGGCUCGAUUCUGGGGGUCAUGGGCCCCUCUGGCUCAGGGAAAUCGAGCUUUGUCAACAUUUUGGGCGGAAAGAAUAAGGCUAGCACUGGCGAGAUCUGUCUUAACGGUUAUAGGAUGAAGCCGGCAGAGCUGCGAGCGCUGAUGGGAUUUGUCCCCCAAGAUGAUCUUGUUCUUCCUGAGCUGACCGUGCGAGAGAACCUUCUUCACUCGGCACGCGUCAUGCUGGGCGGGCAGCUGGGCGACCAUGAAAUUCAAGACUAUGUUGGAUCGUUGAUUGCCUGUCUCGGACUUGCAAAGGUGCAGGAUCAAAUGGUGGGUAGUGUCGCACAACGAGGAUUGUCUGGGGGAGAAUGCAAACGGGUGAGCAUCGGCCUUGAACUCGCCGCCGCUCCCAAGGUGUUGAUCCUCGACGAACCGACCUCGGGCCUUGACGCGACCGCGGCGCUGUCCUUGAUGAGGUUGCUACGUUCGAUCUCACGUUGCGGAAUCAUGGUCAUCUGUGUCAUUCAUCAGCCCAGGGCUGAGAUCUUUGCUCUUCUGGAUACCCUCAUGCUUCUGAACUCAGGGAAACAGGUCUAUUUUGGCGAAGCCGCCACCGCUAAAGCCUACUUCACAGGCCUUGGCUAUGAGUUCCCUUCCUUCUGCAAUCCAGCGGAUAUCAUCAUGGAUAUCCUCCCUAGUCACGCGUGGGAGGAUACAGAUCUGCCAGCCACGGAAGGGAAAUCUUGCAUGCCAGUAACAGGCAUUUCUGACGCUGACGCGGGCGCAGCAUCCGACACUCCACAACAAGUCCCCGAUAUUCUCCUCUCCAUUCGGCAGCGAAAAGCCGCGUGGGCGCAACAAGUCUGGCUCUCGUUCUGCCGCGGAACAGUGCAACAGACCCGACAGACUGCAAGUUUCUGCUUGGAGAUUGUAUCGGGCUCCGUCAUCGGGGUCAUGAUCGGCUUGACGGUUUUCGAGUAUCACGGCCACAUCUUCCAAGGGAUCUAUCACCCUCCGUUUGAGUUGCUGUCCAGCGCCGUGAACUACCGCAUGCUUGCCGAGCAGGCAUUGCUUUCGUGCUUGGGCAUAGCCUGUGCAGCCGGUCCUCCGGGUGUCAAGCUACUAGGGGAAGAAAAAUUGAUCUUCCGCCGCGAACAGCAAUCCGGCCAUUCCCGGAGCGCCUAUUUCCUGGGCAAGAACCUCUCCGUGCUUCUGCGCAUGUUCCUGUCAUCCUUACACUACACUACCAUCUAUAUGAUACUAGCGACACCGACGAUAUCCUUUGGACUUCAGCUGGCGAUUGACUUUCUGUACUUCUACUGCAUGUACGGUCUCGGCUGCAUCGUGGCCGCCAUAACACGACGUGAAGACGGCCCACUGGUCUGCAUGUUAAGCUGCCUUGUCAUCUCUGCCCUCGGAGGCUGUGCGCCCCGGCUAGCCUUGGUGAAGACGUGGCAUCUAGGGUGGUUCUGGUAUCUUUGGCCUGCGACAUGGUUUUCCGAGGCGUUCUACAACGAGAACACUUCGCCGUUUGCCUACCUGUAUCAAUUGGACGGCGCAUCGGAUUUUAUUGGUUACAAGAAUAACCGGACUGGCUUUGAUAUUGGGUAA